CGGGUAUGCGUGGUGGGGGCAGGGGUGGUGGGCGUGUCCAGCGCGGUGCGGAUCCAGAACGAAUUGCCGGAAUGUGACGUCACCAUCAUUGCUGACCGGUUCAGUCCGAACACCACUUCAGAUGGGUCAGGUGGAUUCUGGUUGCCACAUCUGGUGGGAGGGGACAAUCAGGAAUUUGUCGCAAAAUGCGGUGGCGACACCUGGGAUUACCUGUUAUAUCUUGCAACCUCGCCUUUGGCCAGUCGCCUCGGGGCACAGAUGGUCUCGGGUUACUCUUUCUUCGCAGAAACACAGUGUCCAGGAUGGCGGCACCAGGUCUUAGGAUACCGCGAACUGGACAACAAAGAACUUAAACUUCUUUUCCCCAAGGCCAGAUUUGGCGUGUUUUACACCACGGUGAUGAUCAAUGUCAAGGCCUAUCUGUCUUGGCUGAUGUCAAGAUUCAAGAAUAGCAAUGGAAAGUUCAUACAUAGACGAGUGGACAGUUUGGAUAAGCUCCUGUCAGAUUAUGACGUGGUAGUGAACGCUUCAGGGAUUGGGUCAAGGACACUUGUCAAAGAUAAUGACGUCAUUCCGAUCCGAGGCCAAGUCACCAGGGUGAAAGCCCCGUGGGUGAAACAUUUUAUGACGUACGAAGGAACGAAUGCACAUUGUGAAAAAUACAUUUUACCUGGAGCCGAUGCUGUCGUACUUGGUGGAACUGGUCAGACUGGCGACUGGAACACAAAAAUUGAUGACGUUGAUCGCAAGGCUAUUUGGGAGGGGUGUCUGGAACUAGUGCCUAGUCUGAAGGAUGCAGAAAUAAUCCAACACUGGGUCGGCUUACGUCCACACCGAGGUUCCGGGGUACGGCUGGAAACUCUGAGGCUCCCGACAGGAAAAAUGAUUGUACAUAACUACGGACACGGGGGUUCGGGCGUGACGUUACAUUGGGGAUGUGCGGGACAAGUCGUCAACGAGAUCCGGGAAGCGCUCACUCAGACCCCGGCUAAGCUGUAGGGAGACGAAGUAUUUAUUACAGACCACCAGAGGGCCGUGAAAU